AUGUCUACAUUUUCUAGAAUAGAUUAUGAUAGUGCAGCAUAUAAUGCAUAUCGCCCAACAUAUCCGCAAAAAUUAUUCGAAAAAAUUUACAAUUAUCAUAAAUCACAUAAUGGAUCAUUUGAUGCAGCCUUAGACGUGGGAACCGGAACAGGUCAAGUGGCUCAAGUAUUAGCUGAUUCAUUUAAAAAAGUUUACGGUGUAGAUUCAUCAGCGAAAAUGUUAGAAAAUGCAGUUAAAAAAUCAAAAAAUAUUACAUACUCGGUCUCGACCGCUGAAAAUCUCGGUCAAUUUGGUGAUUCUUCGAUUGAUUUAUUAACCGUUGCUUUGGCUGCUCAUUGGUUUGAUUUACCUAAAUUUUUAGAGGAAUCUUAUCGUGUUCUUAAAUCACCUUCGUCAUCGUCCGGUGGUGGCACACUUGCAAUUUGGGGAUAUAGUAGUAAUACUUUUGAUAAUUACCCAACUGCUUCAGAACUGUUCGUUGAUUAUACUACAAAUUUGAUGCGUGAUUAUUGGGAGAAAGGUGUAUUGGAAAUGGAUAAUUUAUAUAGAGGAUUUGAUAUUCCUGAACGUUUAUUUAAAAAUGUUAAAUUUGAGGUUUACGAUGGAACUAAAGAGAGUGAGCAAUAUCGUUUUAUGGAAGCUGAUUGGACAGUUUCUCAAUAUGAAAAAUAUUUAAAAACAUUUUCAUUAAAAUACCCAAAUGCUGAGAACCCGGUUGAUAAAUUGAUUGCAAGGAUGAAAGAAGCAGAAGGUUGGGAAGAUGAUCAAUUAUUGAAGAUUUAUUGGCGUACAGCUUUUAUCUUGGCUGAAAAGAAUUAG